UCUAACUAAAAGGAAAGUUUUUAAUCACGAUAAGAAAUAGAACGCUUGUAAAUAGACAAGUAACAUAUAUACAUAUAUAAAUUGGACAGGCCAUAACCUUCUAUCCAGAAGAUGUCCCCACUGCAUAUUCUGAGCUGGAGGCUGCUGUCUCUUGGUUAAAAGAAAGAGAAAAAGAUAAGCACAGAUAGAAAGGUGUUAAGAGGUCCUGGCAGCAGAAAGAGACUUUCUCCUGGAGCCAUCUUAGAAGUGUUGAAAGGGAAGUGGAUGCUGAACUGUUUGUACCACCUAAAAUAAACCAAGAUGGGAUGCACUGUGCACACUGCAACUUGUCGGGUGUUAUAGAAGUGUGUGGGCUCCCCUGUGAAGAAAGGGAGAUGGUACCAGCCAGUCCUGGCCUGGGAGUGCAGCCAGAAAGCUUUUGGCCACCACCGCAUGUAAAGGGGCAGUGUAGGGUGGCACUGCCCUCUCCCCGCUCCCCCCAGCUCCCCACACCAGUCUCUCCCCGCAUCCUGUCCUGGCAGACCUGCCACUGGUUUACCUGGGUCUCUGUUGCUUCAGGCUGCUGUGCUCACCCUCUUUACCUGGGCACAGCGGGCCUCUGCCUGCCGGCGCGCAGCUGUGAUAUCAUCACAGGCUGUGAAUAAGUAAACAAUAAGCAGUCAGAGUGGCCUGUUCCCCACCUGACACCAAGAGAAGGCCCAAUUCCCCCCACUCGUGCUCUGGGGAGACUCUUGGCCCGGGUGCCUGGGUAUUUAUUAUUUAGUACUUUUGUUUGUACCUGUCCCAGGUGAGGUACAAUUCCAAGUGAUUCCAGUCCAAAAAAAGCACAACAGAGGAGAAGGAGACAGACAACAAGGGCCCAAGUCCCCAUAUGUUGGCUGUGUAAUCUUGGCCAAGUUGCAGUGCCUUUCUGAGCCCCUGUUGUGUAUAUACACAAAGUCCCAUUGCCUGGACCUGGAUCCUGGUUCUGCCCUCUCACUGGCCAAGAGUCCUUAUAUAAGUGACUCACCUUCUUUGAGUCCCUUGGGCUUCUUAUCUAUAAAUGGGGACAAUAACAGAGCUGCUACAAAGGGCUGCCAAGAUGAUUAAGUGAGAAGAUAUGCAUAAAGCAUAGUUCCCAGGUAUCCAUUGUGAUCUCCAUUAAUUGUUUUGUUGUUGUUUUGCAGUUCUAGGGAUCAAACCCAGGGCCUUGCUCAUAUUAGGCAAGUACUCUACCACUGAGCUCUCUUGAUAUUUUUUAAUGGUCUCUUGUUCCAUGCUAGGUACUUUACAAACCCUUUCUCUAACCAUCACAAAUUCUGCCAGCUUCUUGUGGAAGUUCCCACUUUCCAGGUGAGGAAGACUGAGGCUCAGUGAGGUCAGUUGAUCUGCCUGAGGUCACACAGGUACAAUGUCAGAACUAGAUUUCCAAUAGCCAGAUCUUGCUUGAUUCUAAAAGGGUCUGUUUUCCCAAGUAGGCCUCAUUCUUUCCCAUCUAUAAAGUGGAAAUAAUGGCUGCUGUCACCCAGGUCUACAGGGAGGAUUAAAUAAGAUAAGGUCUGCAGAGAGGCCUCUAUUGAAGCUGGCUCAGCUCUUUGGUCCUCCAGGGUAAUUACCCAGGCACAGGCCUUUCAUUUUUAUAAUCAGGAGGCUGGUGAGCUUAAUCUCUAGGAGACAAUGCUGCCUGCUAGCCAUAGGAGGGGUCUGAAGGGUUAGAUCAAAAUCAGAUCUGCGGGUGCUCUUCCCAGGCCCAGGCCCAAGUCUGAACAGGCUUCUUUCAUCUCUGGCCUUCUCUGUGGCCAGUCUCCCACCUGGCCCAGGAUCAUCCAGAGCAUGUCUCCCUUCCCUAAGGGCAGCACAAAAAACCUGUGAUACUAUCCAACAUCCCCAGUUUUAACCUUCAGGGAGAGGGACACUGAUGUUUAUCCAGCUAUUGUGAAGUCAGUUUCUCGCUGUCUCCCACAAAUGGUAUGAUGUGGGUAGAAGUGGGGCUUUGGCAGAGUGGGGUGCAUACGUCACCCCUCCCACUAGCCUGCCUGGCAACAAGGCCUGGUGCACUGUCCACCUUCCUGCAUAAUGUAUGAGCCAACAGUAGGAACAGAACACCAUUAGCAAUGAGUCUGACCACUGCAGACCAUGGCUGUGUCCAGAACCCUCGCCAAAGCUGACGUGUCUGUUGGCUCCGGCUGAAGAGAGGGUGGGGAUAUGUAUCACCAGAGGCCUUUCCUGUGGCCAAGGUGGGAACUGGCCUCAUCCUGAUCCUCGGGGACUCUAUCAAGUAAGAAGACAGCCCCGAGAAGGCAAUCAGACCCUGCCUUCCAAUCAACAAUGGUGACAUGGGGAGAGUCCUAUUUUCUGGGCUCAAACCCCCAGGGGUCUAGGAUGGCAGAGGGAGUGGUUGGGAACCCCCUUGGUGUGGUUGAAGGUAGGAGGGGCAAUUUGGAAGCCAGGGACGCAGUGCCUGGCAAUUUCUGUGGCUGCCUGAUGGCACAGGAAACCUCCUGGGACAGCAGCUGUGACCAGGAGGUACAUCAGGGUGAAGAGCAAAAGGGGGAAUGGUGUGGCAUUGCAAUUGGGGGGAAACACCAGGCUGCAGCAUCGCGUAGGAAGUCAGGGGUCUCCAUGGGAGGUGCGCUUAUGUGUGUGCAAUCAAAGGCCAGGAGUGAGAGGGGGAUCCUUGAGGGCCUUGCCAGCCAGGGCAGCACUGGCACCUGGAUGACAGCACCAACACUUCUUCCUUCAUGGACAGAGUUGGAUUCGGGUCAUUCAUAGAAUCAGUGAGUAUUAAUUACUGUGGGAUCCCCGAGGCUAGGCCAAGUGCUUGAGCUACAGAGAUGAAUCAGACUAGGCCCCAGCCCACAGUCUACCUGGAAAGCCAGGCACUGAAGUGGAGAAGUCAAAUACCUCAAGGUGAUGCUUGACUAGCAGCGCCUAACUAGGGCUGUGGGAACUCAGAGCCCAAAGUAUCCACCUCUGUCUGAGGUUGGCAGCAAGAACCCACUGAGGCACAACUGAGCACAGGCUUGAGGUUUGUCAUGAGGAAAUGAAGGGAAGGGUGUGAUAGGCAAAGGGAAUAGUAUCUGCAAAACCACAGAGCUGUAAGACCCUGAGCACUAACUCAGGAACCUUCAACAGAUCUUAUGUGGAGCUUUAAAAGAACGGACUGGGCAUCAAAUCUGAUUUGUUUUACACAUAUUAUCUGAUUCCCCUCCUGCAGUAGAAUGCCAGCAACGUGAAGACAGGAAAUUGGCCUCAUUGUCAGAGCUCCAGGACCCACAGUGGUGGCUUUAUCCUGGAUCUAGUAGGAAACCUUUGGAAGAUUGAAAGCAGAAAAGGAACAAGAUCUGUUGUGUGUGAUGGGAAAUAACUUUGACAAUGACGUGAAUGCUGAAAAAAAAAUAGGUGUAAGAAUGGAGAAAUGAGGUCAGGUUGGUAAAAUAUUGAUAAUUCCACGCAAUUAACAAGUAGUUUUGAUUUGCACAAUAUUCCUGUGAAUCAGGUGGCUCCCCUUUUUGUAGAUGAGGAAAUAGACUCAGUCUCAUUAACUUGGGCCAAGUCACACAGCAAAUUGGUUCAGUAGCCCAGGGUUUCAGUCCUUCCUUUGCAGCACCCAGAAUCCAGGGCGGCACCUCCAACGGCCAGCGCCUGAAGGAGAUCCGACCUAGGCAGGUGACAGUUCGCUAUUCCGGUUCAGUUCCAGCCGGAAAGCCCAAAGGAUGGCGGUUCAGAACCCUUGGCCGAAAAUCAGGCGGGAAAAGCUAGGCGGGAAGAGGGUGUUUGAGUCUCGGCGGCCGCCGUAGGCGCGGCACUCUGGUCCCUAUGGCAACAGCAAGAAGCAACGCAAGGUCCCGGGCGGUGCUGGCGCCACGGCGGAUUGGACCCAGCGCGGGCGCGGAAUCUGUGAACUGCCUGCGGCUCCGAGGGUGCAGGUGAUGGGGAUGCGUGGACCGAGGGAGCCCGGGUGUGGGACCGCGGAGGGGCGUGACCUGGGCCCGGCUGGGGCCUGGGAGGAAGGCGCCGCCCCUGCAUCCCAGGACCACCCACCACGGUCCAGACCAGAGCCCUCCUGGAGUGACUAGCGCAGCCCUGCCCCAUGGACGCCUCCUCUAGCCCAUGGGAUCCAACCCAGGCUUCUGCCAGCAGCCCUCCCCUGCUGCUGCCCAUUCCUGCCAUCGUCUUCAUUGCGGUGGGCAUCUACUUGUUGCUGCUGGGCCUAGUGCUGCUGACUAGGCACUUCCUGCUGGCCCAGGGCUGCUGCGCAGACUGCAGCUCCCCCUGCAGGAAGAAAGGUGCCUUACAAGACUGUUGCUGGACCUGUGCAGAAGCCUGUGACUUCCCUCUGCCCAGCCCUGGCCGCUACCUGGAUGCCUGCUGCCCUCAACCCAGCGAAGCUGGUUGGGCUCCUCAGUGCCCCCGCUGCUGCCCGCUCUGUGACUGUGCCUGUGCCUGCCAACUUCCUGAUUGCCAGAGCCUCAACUGUCUCUGCUUUGAGAUCAAGCUCCGAUGAGGACCCAGGAUCCCUGCCCUUUGGGGAGCAGCCAGCCCCCAGGGCCCACAUGCUCCCCUCCCUCAGGGCCCCCAAGACACUUUUUCUCCAGGCCAUUGGAACCACAAAUGGCUCACCACUCUGGCAACUGGAGGGCCGGGUUACCUGCAAGGCAGGGCUCAGGGAGCCCUUGGGCAGCUGGACUGCAGCUCCUUUGGAGGGUGGGAGGGAGAGAGGCUGCCCCUCUUUCCCUCCCCAAGUAAACUAUUGUAUU